AUGAUUCACUUCCGGCGAGUUUUGCAGCUUCGGUGGCGGCGGUGGGUGCUGGUGUACCUGCCGCUUCUGGUGUCUGUACAGCUCGCCGCGCAGCUGGUGCUGGUCCACUGGAGCUCGCCACACGGCCACUCCCUCAAAAACAGAUUUUUCGAAAGCAGCUACGGGCUGUUCAACUACGAAGUGGGGGAGGCCCUCUGCAGCAGCCCCGAGCUGCUGCGGCCGCCCUCUCUGGUGCUGCAGCAGGCCCACGAGCUGCUGCAGCAGCAGCCGCAGCUGCUGGCGGCGCUGCGGGCCGCGGGGGAGGCGGAGCCGCUUCAGGUGUACGUACACUGGGCGCAGCGCUUCGCAAGGCGCAGCGCAGCGCAGCAGCUCGCGCUGCUGCAGCAGGCGCGUCAGUUGGAGUCUUCGGACUUCACUUCUGGGCUUUCUGGCCUUUCGGAAAUCUCCGGAUUGGACUUAACUCAGGAAAUGCUGACUGCUGCUUUCAUAUUUUCCGAGUGUCGCCGCAAAGGGCUGCUGAAGGCGCCGCUGCUGCAGCAACUGCUGCAGCAAAAAGACUCCAAACUGCUGCAGCAAAGCGACUCCAACGAGGACUUGCUGCAGUCCCUGGGGGUGCACACGCAGCUGCUGCUGCCCUCGCGCUUCCUGGGCGACCCGCAGCGGAUCUGCUGGGGCUUCGAAGAGAAAAAAGAAGACUCGGACUCCAGCAGCAGCAGCAGCAGCGGCUGCUGCUGCCCGCCGCUGCAGCUGGCGCUGCAGCUGCUGCCGCUGCGGCUGCAGCGCUGGUGGGCCCGCGCCAGGUGGCAGUACCACUUCGCGGAGUACCUGCGGAAGCUGCUGACCAUUUGGUGGCCAGUGGACCACUUCAUGCACCAGUUCUUUCGCCAAGACGCCAACGCCCUCCUCGCCCUCAUGAGUCCCUACUUGGAGCUGCAGCCCCCCGUGCCCCUCGAGCCCUCUUGCGGGGCCCCCAGGGGCUACUGGGUCCAGCCGCUGCAGCGCGAGCAGUGGCAGGCCCGCAGCAAACGCGCCUCCCCAGCUGCUGCUGCUGCGGCAGGUGCUGCAGCAGGUCCUGCGGCAGGUGCUGCAGGAAGUGCUGCGGCAGGCGCUGCAGGAGGUGCUGCAGCGGGUGAUGCGGCAGCUGCAGCAGCAGGUGCAGCAGCAGCUGCAGCAGCAGCCCCUGGCGUGAACUCGUCAGGUCCUCGGCAGAGUCUUGCUGAGAAGCAAAAGCAAGGGGAGUCGGGGCUUUAUUCAAUUCCUGAAGAUCAUGACAAUUAUGUGCUGAUCGACGACUACUGCAAAGCUGCGCGGGAAAUUCACCGAGGGUUUUUCUCGGGAAAGCCGCGGCCCAAGCCCGUAAAAAUCGUCGACGCUGUAAUUUUGGGUUACGACUUGGAUCUUCUGGAAAUCCGGUGGCACGAGCUGCAGCACACGGUGGACUACUUCGUGGUUGCGGAGGCGCACCAGCACACGCUGGGGGUGUUUCAGAAGCCGCUUUUUUUCGAACGGAAUCGAAAAAGAUUUGCAGCUUUUGAAAAGAAAAUUAUUCACCUGGUGCAGCCGUUCGCAGCCUCGCUUCCCGUGGCGGAAAGCUGCAGCCGCAGACUCCUCGCAGACCAAGACGCCUGCUGGGAAUUCGAAAUGUUCCAAAGAGACUCUUUGCUGCACAUGUUGGCGCAGCUCAACGCGGGCGCUGCGGGCCACGGCAACGCCCACGUGGCCCCUGGCUUUUUGCAAGACGAAGACCUAAUUCUGGUUAGCGACGUGGACGAAAUCGUCAUGGGGGAUCGGCUGCGGCACCUGAAGUACUGCGAGCCGCUGCCGCAGAAGCAGUUUGGCUGGGUUUUGGUGCACUAUCCGGGAAGAGUGGACGCAAUGGCCUUAAAGGACUUUAAAGUGAUGUCGGGAAUAAAAGAAACUCCAUUUCCGCAUGCAAUAGGGCCUCUGGUGGACACAGUGCCCUACAAGUCCAUCCGACACCUCGAGGCCAAAACGGACUUCGUCUACGAAAGCCACGCGUACACCCGACACUGCCCCUCUUCACUGACACCCCACCGCUACCUCCACGGAGGCUGGCACCUUUCAGACACUUCUUACCUGCCGUACUUGUACGCGAAAGUGCCGUCGGACGACGUGAAGCCUGGCUACGAGCCGUGGGGCCUUUACGCGCCGCUGUUGGCGCAAAGAGGGGAACUGGACUCUCCAGUUGGAGGCAUUUUGCAAGCCCAAGUGGCUGCUUGGAAGGACUUUCGAGACUACAGACAAGUCGGCUCUCUCUGCGUGGAUGCGAAGGAUGUGCCCGAACAGUACAAAGAAAUCGGCUUCGGCUCGAUGCCGUGGGUCAUGCGCUGCAACCCCAUGCGGUGA